GUUGCAGUGUUCGUUCGUUGAGUUUGUUUUGUGUUAACUUUCUUGUUAUGUUGUUUAAUUAUUGUACUGUGAUAUUAAAACACAGAGCGCCGUUUUUAAGGAAUUUCAGAAAAUAUAUGUGUGAAAAUUGUACCGUGCGGGUAUUGAUUCGAGGCUGAUAUUUUUACUAUGCUGAUAUGGCUGACAGGUUGAUGGUUGUCGUGUAUACACACCCACGUUGCUGAAAGUAAAAAAAAAAUAUUGGCCGCCUUUGUUUUUGUUCCAAUUAAACAUGUGCGGCACUAGUUUAUUUUUGUAAAGUAUUUCAAAAAGUGUUGCUCCUGAAAAGAGGUAUUGUUAAUUGUUUGAGCCAUGGCGUCGAGGACGACUUUUUUCACGCCGCUCGAGAGUCCGGGAAACUCGCUGGCUCUCAACAAAGAUAACUCCCAGGUCGCCGUGUCCGGACGAAACAUAUUCAAGAUUUUCCAGCUCCAAGAGGAAAAGUUCGUCGAGACUUUCAGUCUGAGGGUCGGCAAAACGACAAAUAUGAACUAUUCCUGCAACGAUGUUGUUUGGAAUCAAAUUGAGGAAAAUAUUCUGGCCACUGCUUCGACAAACGGUGUCAUCCUCAUAUGGGACAUGAAUAGAGGAUCGAGGUCCAAACAAAAGUGCAUGUUCAGCGAGCACACGCGAACUGUCAAUAAAAUUAACUUCCACGCGACCGAGCCUUCUUGGCUUAUCUCGGGCUCUCAAGAUGGCACGAUAAAAUGCUUCGAUUUUAGAUCCAAAGAUCCGGCAACAACAUUUGUCAGCAACACGGAAUCUGUGCGAGACGUUCAAUUUUCCCCGCAACAGCCAAAUACGUUCGCCGCAGUCUCGGAGAAUGGGCACGUGCAAAUGUGGGACGUACGCCGUCCCGAGCGUUGUUUUCAGGACUUUACCGCCCACAGUGGGCCCAUAUUUGCGUGCGAGUGGCAUCCGGAGACCUCGUGGAUCGCUACCGCCUCGAGGGACAAAACCAUCAAGGUGUGGGACUUGACGACCAAGCCGAGCUGCGAUUACACGAUACACACUCUCGUGUCGGUCGGCAGGAUAAAGUGGAGACCGAAUCGCAAAUAUCAGAUCGCCAGUUGUUCGCUCCUCGUCGAUUAUAGUAUUAACGUGUGGGACAUUAGGAGGCCGUACAUUCCAUUUGCCAUUUUUGAGGAACACACGAACUCUCCUCUUGCCAUUAUUUGGCGAGGCGAUCCUCAGUCGCUCUUGUCUUCCAGUAGAGACCAAACAUUGUAUCAUCAUGUAUUCAAAGAUGCCGCGAGACCCAUCAAUAAAGCUAAUCCGCAGGGAAUUGCACUAAACAUCAAAGGAGACAUAGCUUACGCUUGCAAAGCCGUAGCUAGUACUCCCAAUGGCAUAGAACACGUCACGAGUAAAAUAAUAAAGAAACCCUCGCUCAACAACAGCGACACUUUCUGCAAAGCCAUCAGUUACAUGCACAGGUUUACUUCAGCUACGUCCAACAGCAGCCGUGAGUUCCGGUGGUUCAAAAUGUGCGCAGAAAAUUACAUAUUGCAUGGUAAUCUUAAUGAUAUCUGUGAUCACAACGCCGUUGUUGCCAAAAACGCCGGUAGAAACGACGUCAGCACUGUAUGGAGUAUCAUUAAAACUUGCUUCAAAAAUCCAUUUGGAAGCAAUAUCAACAGCAACAGUAAUAAUAACAAUAACAGCACCACGUCAAAGCGUCCGAUAUCCGACAAUGAUAUAGCCAGCACAUUAAAUAUACCGAUGACAAUCGGCAAUACCAGUGAACAAACAAAUUUCGAAAACGAUAUAAAAUCAUUGCAAGGCGAGUCGGCCCUAGGCAUGGUGAGCGGCGGUGACGACGAGACCGAGAUGGACGAGCCUCCGGAGAACCAAAAUUUCAUAGGACCGUUCAUAACGAGCCGCGACAAACCGACGUCGGCCUAUAAGCGCCAACCAAAGGGCGAUUUCUCAUUCGGGGAAAGCGAACUCGAGCCACUGACGAUAGAGUACAAUUCGGGCUUUGUUGACAACAUGAUUAUCCACGAGGACAAUGACAACGACUGGUCCUUGCCGAAAGAAGCCUUCCCCAUCAGGCACGAGAUACAGAACAGGUCACCUCCGCCGGAGCAGUUUCCCAAUCACUCGCCGGAUAUUAACGAUGACUUGGUCUCGGUGUCAAUCGAUAACCAACCCUGUCAGUUCCUCGUGACAUCCGUUCCAAAGCCGGCUUUUUGGGAUCCCACGAGCUUGAUCGAGGAUACGCUGAGACAUCACGCUGACAUGAAAGAUAUCCAGACGACGGUUUGCAUUUUGAUGGCGUUGGGCGACAAGAGGAAAAAUCUCAACAUCGAACCGCCUUUGCAGGAGCACUGGCUGUUCGAGUACUUGGACAUGCUCGGAAGAUUCAGGCUGUGGGAAGUGGCUACAAGAAUCAUAAGACAAGCGUGGCUACCUUCCAUUUCUCAACUCAAUCAACAAUCGACGACAGUUUAUGUAUGUUGUACAUUAUGUACGAAAGCACUGACACGCUCGGCGUGGGUGUGCGAUCGAUGUCGUUCAUCCAAUCACGCCCUGUGCACAAUUUGCCAUCAGGUUGUCAAAGGAACAUACGUUUGGUGUCAGGCGUGUGCUCACGGUGGCCACCUGGCUCACUUGAGAGAUUGGUUUAGCGUUAACAAGCAGUGUCCCACUGGUUGUGGUCACAUGUGCGAGUACGUGUGAUACGUUCUGUGUUUUUGGAGUACUCCAAUGAUCGAAAUUUCAUGACGCAAAACAUGCGUAAUUGUACAUAUAUGUUAAUAUGUUCCUAUA